UGACUUGAAAUAGAUCCUCCAUGGCAGCAGUGGUGGUGUUUGUGGGUGGUGGACAGGACUAGUCCGACAGACACUGAGGGCUUCUGAGUCCACGCCUUCUUCACCUUCGUCUUCAUCACCGCCUUGCGUUCUCAUCCGCUCCACACAGGCUCACACAAACCGUCAACUUGUAAGGAUUUUCUAUGGCGACAGUCCCUCGAUAUGCACACUUAGCCACUCUUCUUCUGCUGCUUCAUUUCCUGGCUGCAUCACCCGUCAUUCAAGAUGACCUGGCAAUCAAUACAAGUCAUGGGAAAGUUCGAGGGAAGUUGCUUCCAGUGCCGGGUGGUAAUGUCAGAGCAUUUCUUGGGAUUCCUUAUGGAAAACCACCUCUAGGAAAACUGCGAUUCAAAGCUCCAAUGCCAGUAGAGAGAUGGGAAGGAGUGAGAGACGCCAUCACAUACCCAAAUUCUUGCUACCAGCUGCCGGAUACAGCCUUCCCAGGGUUUAAAGGUGCUGAGAUAUGGAACCCCAACACCCCCCUGAGUGAGGACUGUCUGUACCUAAAUGUCUGGUCCCCACAUGUCAAUAAAACUCAGCCUCAGCCCCCCCCGCUGGCUCCUGUCCUUGUCUGGAUCUACGGAGGCGGGUUCACUCAAGGAACGUCUUCUCUGGACCUUUAUGACGGCCGCUUCCUGACUAAAUCUGAAGGUGUUGUUGUGGUGUCGAUGAAUUACAGACUUGGAGCUUUUGGUUUCCUUUCUCUUCCUGACAACAAGAUUGUCCGCGGCAACGCAGGUCUGCUGGACCAGCGCUUAGCCCUUCGAUGGGUAGCCAAUAAUAUUGCUGCUUUUGGAGGUGACCCUUCGAAGGUGACUCUGUUUGGAGAGAGUGCUGGAUCAGCAUCUGUGGGCCUUCACCUGUUGUCCCCAGGGAGCCAUGCCCUUUUUCAAAGGGCUGUGCUGGAGAGUGCCUCUCCCAAUGCACCCUGGGCCACAAUGAGCCAGACUGAGUCCUGGAACAGGGCCUUGACGCUGGCAAAGUCACUGGGGUGUCCCACGGCCAACUCAGCUAAACUGGAAGCUUGUCUGGAGCAGGCUGAUGCUUGGAAAAUCACAUUGAAGCAAUAUGAUGUCCUCACAGAGCCUUCACUCAUAGCCCUGCCCUUUGUCCCUGUGGUUGAUAAGGACUUCCUACCAGAUAAACCCGAAGUUCUGCUGAGAACCGGUAACCUCCCAAAGAAAGAAGUGCUACUUGGCUUAAACAAAGACGAGGGGACGUACCUCCUACUUUAUGGAGUUCCUGGAUUCAACAUCAGCGGCCAGAGUCUGAUAACCAGGAACGAGUUCCUGCAGGGGGUGACCAUCACAAUGGCAGACGCAAGUAAGGUUGUGAGAGACGCUGCCAUUCUCCAGUACACUGAUUGGACAGAUGAGAAUAACAGGAUGGAAAACCGGGACUUACUGGGUAAUCUGGUUGGAGACCAGCUUUUCAUUUGUCCAGUGGUGGAGUUUGCUCAAAGGUACUCAGAACGUGGUGGUAAGACUUUCCUGUAUUUGUUUGACCACCGGUCGUCCAUCAAUCCUUGGCCAGCGUGGAUGGGCGUAAUGCACGGCUAUGAGAUUGAAUUUGUCUUUGGAAUGCCUCUGAAUGUGUCCCUGGGGUACACGAAGAAUGAAGUGAACAUGACUAAGAAGAUUAUGAAACACUGGGCCAACUUUGCCCGAACAGGGGAUCCAGGCAUUGAUGGAGCUAACUGGCCCACAUUCACCCCUGAGCAGCAGGGCUAUGUGACUCUGAACUACAACCAUCCAGAACACAGGACAAUGAUGAGGCCUCAAGAGUGCCAGCUGUGGAACAAAUUAAUACCUAGUCUACAGAGGGUCUCAGAUGAUCUCCAAUCUUGUGUACAUGCAAAUGGGAUUAUACUCUGCUGUAAUUUCAGAUUCCUCCUCAUUUUACUGGUUACUGCUUUACUGGUUUUCUAGAGGGUAGAGAACUCUCUUAUAUACAGUU